CCUAAUUGCCUAGGCCUAGUCUUUUACUAUAUAAUUCCAGUUGGAGACCCGGAGUAAUAUCCGCAGAUAUUUCGUCUUUUCAAUUAUGCGAUGAAAAAAAAAAUACAACACUGUUCCUUUAAAACGUGUCGACUUCAACGAGCUCCCUGGAGCUAGCGCUCUCUCGGUGUGAAGUGUGACUGCAUCCGUGUAUUUCUGCUGUCAAAGCUCCAGGACAGCUAGCUAUCUGCACGGGGGAAACAGGCACAUCGGUGGUAGAAAGCGGGUGAAUGCUGGAACAAUUAUAGCGUUUGAUACAGAAUUAUAUAAUUGCACUCGCCACAUAUCAGUAAAAAAGUGUGAAACUUCGUUUCGCAUUUCCAACAGACAGUCGAAACAGGCGUAGGUGAACAUUUUAUGAGCAGGUGAGAACAGAUACGAAGGAUCCACCGAGGAGACAAGGUCUUUAGAAGAGCGUUGCGCUGGUGCUCGGUGCACGCGACUUUCCCUGCAGUCGAAGCUUUUCGCGCUAUGUCGAGGAAGAAGGCUCCAAAGGGUAAAAGCUGCAGCGCAAGCCCCUCUACCACUAAAGACAAUAACAGAUCGGGUAAAAGUGGCCUGGUGUCUGCAGUUCAGGCUAAUGGAGUGGUGCAUCCGAGCAGAGCAUCUAUCAGCAGUAGUGAAUUUUACGACGUCGCGUUCAAGGUGAUGCUGGUAGGCGACUCAGGAGUAGGGAAGACCUGUCUGCUAGUCCGUUUUAAGGAUGGAGCAUUUCUGGCUGGCAGCUUUAUUUCUACUGUGGGCAUUGACUUCAGGAACAAAGUGCUUGACAUUGAUGGGGUCAAGGUCAAACUGCAGAUCUGGGAUACUGCAGGACAGGAGCGCUUUCGCAGUGUUACACAUGCCUACUACCGUGAUGCCCAUGCACUACUGCUUCUGUAUGAUGUCACCAACAAAGCAUCUUUUGACAACAUUCGGGCCUGGCUGACAGAAAUCCAUGAGUAUGCUCAGCAAGAUGUGGUCCUAAUGGUACUGGGCAAUAAGGCUGAUGUCUCUCAUGACAGAACAGUAAGGAGAGAGGAGGGGGAGAGACUAGCUAAGGAGUUUGGGGUGCCUUUUAUGGAGACAAGUGCCAGAUCUGGCCUUAAUGUGGACCUGGCCUUCACUGCCAUAGCCAAAGAACUAAAGCACAGGUCCAUGAAGGGUUUGGAUGAGCCCAAGUUUAAAUUGCAUGAGUAUGUCAACAAGGAAAUGAAGACCACAGGGUGCUGCAGGACCUAAAACCACAAGUGUGUGUGUGUGUGUGUGUGUGUGUGUGUGUGUGUGUGUGUGCACAUAUGGUUAUCAUAAAUGUGUUUACAUUUGCCCAGCUGUGGGAAUUUUUGUUUGUUUGUGUAUGUAUGUGGACAUCUCACAUGUUUGGGUUAGUGUAUGUACCCUGAACGCAUGAUAAAUGGCAAGCAGUGAACAGUGUGCAGCAUUUCAUCAGAUUUGUUGUACCAUGUGUUGAUUUUUAGUUUAUUUUAAGCCUGGGAGAGGUUGAAGGCCUCAUGGAUACUGUAUUUUUUUCAUACUGUUUCUGGAGAAGCACAAUUCUGCCCUUUUCUAUAUAUAUGGGACAUUAAAUAAAACCACCUGCCUAAUAUUGUGUAGGUCACCCUUGUGCCGCCAAAACAGCUCUGAACUGUCAAGGCAUGGACUCCACAAUAUAUAUAUAUAGGGUGGGAUAUAUUAGGCAGCAAGUGAACAGUCAAUUCUAAAAGUAGAUGUGUUUGGAAGCAGGAAAAAUGGGCAAGGAAUAAGGAUCCGAGCAGCUUUGACAAGGGACAAAUUGUGGUGGCUAGACAGCUGGGUCAGAGCAUCUCCAAAACGAUAGGUCUUGUGAGGUGUUCCCAAUAUGUAGUGGUCAGUACUUGUGGAAGAGAUGGCACCAGGAUGCACUAUGGGAAGAAUGCAAGCCGGUGGAGUCAGUGUGAUGCUCUGGGAAACCUAGAGUCCUACCACUUAAGUACAACCCUUCAUGGCAACGGUAUUCCCUAACGACAGUGGCUUCUUUCUGCAGGAUAAUUUGCCCUGCCAACAUUGUUGUGCACUGUAAACAUGGUUCAACAAUGGCUUAAGGAACAUGACAAACAGUUAAAGGUGUUAACUUGGCCUCCAAUUUCACUAGCCUUCUAUCUGAUCAAGCAUCUGUGGGAUGUGCUGGACAAACAAUCCAUGAAGGCCCAACCUCGCAACGUACAGGACUUAAAAGAUCUGCUGUUAACCUCUUGGCGCCGGACACCCCAGCACAACUUGAGAGGUCUUGUGGAGUCCAUGCCUUGGUGGGUCAGAGCGGUUUUGGCGGCACCAGGGGGACCUACAAAAUAUUACGCAGGUGGUUUUAAUGUUAUGGUUACACACACACACACUGUAAGGUCCAUUAAUAUUUGGACAAUGACAGUUAUUGUUAAUUUAACUGUCUACCACAGUAUAAGAGAGAAGGUUAAAACAAUUAUUUGGUAAAUUCUUAAAACAAAAGAAAGCACUGGUGACCUCGAGAAUAUCGAAAGGCUUGAAAUACCACACAAAACAACUGUCGUGAAUGACAGAAGAAUUCUUUCCCCAGCAAAGAAAAAACCCUCCACAAUAGUUGGUCAGGGCAAAAACACCCUCCAGGAGGUAGGCAUACACA